GACUCAUCUUCACGACUUCAUAAAACCCUUUGGUUGAAUAGUCGCACGAUCAGUCACGUUUAUAACGACCGCGAGAUGGGAAAUAUCGACUUGGCCCUCUUCCUCGCGCGGCUCGUCUCUGCCCUCGUCCUAUUCGUACUUUCCCUUUGGCUCACUCUGAUCAAACCCGAUAUUGUUCCUUCACGUACCCCGCGGCGCAAGGCCAUCGUCAUCUGUGGUUCAGCACUCGCAGCGCUCUGGAUUGCCGAUGCGUGUAUUAUCGCUGGUCGAGGGUUGUUGGAAAAGCUUCGGGAACCGGACGAGGCUGCAUGGAAGGAAGAGCAAAUUGCCAUCAUACUCAACUUUCUGGCCUGGUCUGGCGUUGUCGGCAUUGGAGUCUGGAAAGAGACCUACACGAACGAGAUUUGGACCAGCGCGCUUCUUAAGUUCCUUACUAUCUUCGCCUUCUCUGCCGAGGUAGUAACCCUCGCCCUCUUGAGCCUGGUGCUACAUAUUUUUGAAUACCCAGUGCACAAGCCUAAGUACACAUGGAUUGAUCCUCGGUGCUCUGGUUCCCAUCCCCUUCGCACCGACGCGAACCCCAUUUUCUAAACCCGUCACCGAGCGUACUCCUUUGUUUCCAUCUGCCGACAACAGUACAUCCCAUGGGAGCGGACAUGAUGCCGUGGUCUCCUCCACUGACGCAAGCAACUCCAACACCAAAUCUGACGCGAGAACAUCGAGCGUACAAGGAACUCUGAAAACAGAAGAGGAAGAUAGCGAUGAUCCAAAGAUGAGCUUCUCGGAGAUGCUCUGGAAGUUGUGAAAGCUUUCUCCC